AUGGAAAGUCGAGACGAUGGCCUUCAUCUCAUGGAGCCAGGGGGUGCCGAGUAUUGCGUUGUAGAUGGCCGGUUUGUCCAUGACAAUCAACUUCAGGAGCUUCGAAAUUCCGCCGACAUAAGCGGGGAGCCGAACUGUUCAGCAACUAUAGGUGUAUUCGGCGGUGAAACCGGUGAGGGGACGGGAUGCGGGUUUAAUUACGCGACGGCUUUUCGCUCGUAUUCCUUGAUCGCAGAUAUGGAGUCGUCGUUAUCCAGGAGGCCUCCCAUGAUCAUGCUGACUUGUCGCUUCGGCGGUGGAGGCAGGUCGUCGUGGUCGUCACGAUUCCUCUUCCCAUGCGGAGCUUCCGGCUUUUCUGCAUCCUUCCUUGGACGGGAUUGUCGUCCGCGCUUCUCCUGUUGCCCGGGUUUUGGUGGUCUCGGCGGGAAGCUUUUUCCUUGGGACCUAUUGCCGUCCAUUGGUGGGACUUCUCCUCGAUGGUACAUGCGUAUAAGGUUGCUGAUAAGGUGUUUGCAGUUUUCGGUGGCGUGGCCAGUUCUCCCGUGGAACUUGCAGAAAGCCUUGGUGUCGUUGUCAUCUCCGAGCGAGGUGAUGUCCUGCGGCAUCGAGACAGCCGCUGCGUGUUCUUGCUCGGACUCAUCGUCGGCUGCUGCGAACGCUGCGAGGAGAGACCUCUUCGGAUCGUCUUUUGGAGCAUUCUGGAGCAUAUGGGACAAGGAGCAUGGAGGGACUUGGCACAUGGACGCAGCUCAACUGGAUACGCAAAGGAAGAAGGGAGAAGCCAUCUUGAAGACCAGCUCGACCGUCUACUCGACCAACCGGUCGAGUUCCUCAACUCGACCGGCCAAGCUUCAACUCGAUCGAGCUGAGAAGUCAACAGUCAAACCCGAAAAAUGUUGCUUCCCCCUUGACUUUCCUUUGACCCUAAACCUAAUCCUCUUGUAUUUAAAGGCUAAAAGCCACGAAAAAACCACCAAGCUUUAG